AUCAAAAGAAAUCAUAACAUAAGAAAUUCCUAUCCCCAAUCCAAGAACAACUCUAAACCUGGCUCCGGAUAUCUGGAAACGCCUGUUCCCAUCACAACCCCGAAGCAGGCGACAGAUCUGGAUAGCACGGCGUUCCAGUUCCAGUCCCGGAAUGGACAUAAACGCGUUCAAUCUCAGAGUGUUGGGCUACUUCAUACUCCUCGUCGCCGCAAUCGUCGCCGUCUCCUACUACGCCGUCGUCGUCCUCACCUGGGGCCCACUGUUGCUUCGCGGUGGCCUCCGCUCCCUCUUAGCCUCCGCCAUCCUCUUCCUCUUCCAUCUCCUGCUUGCACUGUUAUCGUGGUGUUACUUUAAGGCAGUGUUUAAGGACCCCGGUUCUGUCCCUGAAAAUUGGAGACCUGCUGUGACAGAAGAGGAGAAUUUGGAGGCUGGUGGUAGUAGUAGUUCCAUCAUGACAUCGUCUGAUCAUGUCGCGCCUGAUGCUUUAGUUCCCACGUGGUCUUCUGAUGGACUCGAAAGAAAACAGGCUGGCUAUUGUGCCCAUUGCCAAAAUGGCAAGCCCCCACGUUGCCAUCAUUGCUCCAUUUGCCAAAGAUGUAUUCUGAAGAUGGAUCACCAUUGUGUUUGGGUUGUUAAUUGUGUUGGAGCACACAAUUAUAAGUUUUUUCUUCUUUUCCUGGUUUAUACAUUCCUGGAGACGACAAUGGAUACCUUGGUUUUGCUGCCUAAUUUUAUCCAAUUCUUUAGUGAAGCUAUGAACCAUUCUAGCUCUCCUGGCAAUCUUGCAAUAAUUUUUUUGGCUUUUGUUCUAAAUUUAGCCUUUGCCCUGAGUCUUCUGUGUUUUAUAAUCAUGCAUGCGUCUCUUGUGUCAAGCAAUACCACGUCAGUAGAGGUUUACGAGAAGAAAAAAACAAUCAGGUGGAGGUAUGACUUGGGCAGGAAGAAGAAUUUUGAGCAGGUUUUUGGCACGAAGAAGGUGUUAUGGUUAUUACCUUUGUUUUCAAAAGAGGAUUUAGAAAACAUACCUGCACUUCAGGGUCUUGAAUUCCCAACUCGUUCAGAUGUUGAGGCUUGAGGCAUGGUGAGGUUUGAACAGGAUCUCUUAUGCAUUCAAACAAGUCCAUUGGCAGCCUAAACUGUAACUUUGGUGUAACUAUAAUUCAAAUGGUUGAUUGGUCAUUGCGACUUAUGGGGGUUUGCCUUUUGUGUAAAUGAAUUCUACCCCUUUAUUUGUUUUGGUGAAAAUGUUUUAUGUGAUUAACGGAAAUCAAGUUCAACAGAGCAAAAAACGUU